CUUCAGCUCGAGAUGACAUCCUGACAGACAGAGAGGACUGUCUUCUAUCAAACCCCUUUUAAUCUGUCUGUCUGUCUGUCUGUCUGUCUGUCUGUCUGUCUGUCUGUCUGUCUGUCUGUCUGUCUGUACAUGCUGUUGACAGUGAGGUAGAAAUGGACCAAAUUCUCUGGUCCUCUCUGUAACUCCGGAGAUGGAUUCAACACAAGCAGAUGAAGACAAAGCCGUCCAACGUCGGGCCCCGGGUCUGGUUUCUGUGACGAGGAUGCCACUGCACCUUCUCCUCUGGAGCCUGCAUGAUCGCCGUCCCACCCCUGCUGCAUUCCUGCGGUUCUGGAAAAUGGAGGGAGAACCCUUCACCUCGGCUCUCUCCUCUCUGCUGUACUCUUCCGGGGGGCACUUUGUGGCCCUCUCCUCAGCCUCCCUGUCCUCGUCCUCGUCCUCCUCUGACCCUGGCAUCGCCGUCAUGUCCCUGGAGCAGAAGACCACUUUUGCCCUGGUCAUCCUCCUGUUUGUUUUCCUUCUCAUCCUCAUCGUUCGAUGCUUCCGGAUCCUGCUGGACCCGUACCGGAGCAUGCCUACCUCCACCUGGGCAGACGGUCUCGAUGGUCUUGAGAAGGGCCAGUUCGACUACACUCUGGCCUAGAGUUUUGUAUGACGUAUGCACAUCCCAGAGCACAAGUCUUAAUGUGUACACACAGUCACCAGUGUUGUUGCUGACUCUGUAGACUUCAUGGUGCCGGUGAGAAGCACAAAAUCUGUUUACAUUUCACUUUUAAUGUUCACUGUUUGUAACGACACAAAGCUGAAUGUAGCUGGCUUUUGCUCACACUUUGUUCCAGAUGGAUUAAAUGAACAUUUUUUAGUACUGCAGCUGGUUGUGAGCUGUCUUAACCUACAAAGUAAUUAUUUCCAAACAGGAAACUGGGCUGAUGUAAAAAAAAAAAAAGGGGAAAAAAUGUUGCAUCGUAAAACUAUCAGACUAACAGAAAUCAAAGUCGUGUCAGAACACAAUUGUUCUCACGGAUUAAAGAUGGUUGACAUUGUCAGCAUACAUGAAGGUUUUUGACUUUUUUUUGGUUUGUUUAUUGAAAUGAUGUCAUCUUUUUUUGGAACCACGUUAACUGGAAUGAUAAAAUCAAAGUGCGAGUAC